GCUGAACGAAAGCAUGACAGCCUGCGUGGCCGAUUUCGGCCUCUCUAAGAAGAUCUACAACGGGGAUUAUUACCGCCAAGGCCGUAUCUCCAAGAUGCCGGUGAAAUGGAUUGCCAUCGAGAGCCUGGCAGACCGCGUUUACACCACCAAGAGCGACGUGUGGUCCUUUGGAGUCACCAUGUGGGAAAUCGCCACACGAGGCCAGACGCCUUAUCCGGGGGUGGAAAACAGUGAAAUCUACGACUACCUACGUCAAGGCAACCGCCUCAAGCAGCCAAUUGACUGCCUGGAUAGUCUGUAUGAGCUGAUGAUGAGCUGUUGGGCGCUGACCCCCCGCGACCGUCCCACUUUUGAAAUCCUCUCUCAGGAGCUGGAGAGGACCCUCAAGUCUCUCCCACCGCCCAAAGACCCCGAGGAGAUCCUCUACGUCAACAUGGAUGACGGGGUGGCUCCCGCCGAGGCGGAGCUGGGGGCCGUCGGAGGCUUGGGCCCCGAGGAAUCCCUGGCCAAAGAGAGCCAGCUGCUGAAGGCCAUGGUGACCUCGGCCGAGGUCCAUCCCCCGCAGGCGAUGGGCCGCUAC